AUGGCUCACGCUAACGUUUGGAACUCUCGCCCCAAGACCUAUGGCAAGGGCUCUCGUCAAUGCCGUGUCUGUGCUCACCAAGCUGGUUUGAUCCGCAAGUACAACCUCAACAUCUGCCGUCAAUGUUUCCGUGAAUACGCCAACGAUAUCGGUUUCCACAAGUACCGUUAAACUAGUUUUAUCAUGGUCUUCAUUUUCAAAUAAAAAAAUAAAACUCGUUCAUCUUGUUUGAAUCCCUUA